GAGGUGGCCGCAGCGUCCCCGCGCGGCCGGGCCCAGCAGGAUCGCGGAGCCGCCGCCGCCGCCGCCGCCUCGGCCAUGCGGCUCCCAGGCCGGGGCCUGGGCUGGGGCCCGCGCCGCCUCCCGCGCACCGCCCCCGCUGAGCCCGCGCCCGGCCGGGGCGCCGCCCGGCACCAUGGUGCAAAAGUCGCGCAACGGCGGCGUGUACCCCGGCCCGAGCGGGGAGAAGAAGCUCAAGGUGGGCUUCGUGGGGCUGGACCCCGGCGCGCCCGAUUCCACUCGUGACGGCGCGCUGCUCAUCGCCGGCUCCGAGGCCCCCAAGCGUGGCAGCAUUCUAAGCAAGCCGCGCGCGGGCGGCGCUGGUACCGGGAAGCCCCCCAAGCGCAACGCCUUCUACCGCAAGCUGCAGAAUUUCCUCUACAACGUGCUGGAGCGGCCCCGCGGCUGGGCGUUCAUCUACCACGCCUACGUGUUCCUUCUGGUCUUCUCCUGCCUCGUGCUCUCCGUGUUUUCCACCAUCAAGGAGUAUGAGAAGAGCUCUGAGGGUGCCCUCUACAUCCUGGAAAUCGUGACCAUCGUGGUGUUUGGAGUGGAAUACUUUGUGCGGAUCUGGGCUGCAGGCUGUUGCUGCCGAUACCGAGGCUGGAGGGGGAGGCUCAAGUUUGCCAGGAAGCCGUUCUGUGUGAUUGACAUCAUGGUGCUCAUCGCCUCCAUCGCCGUGCUGGCCGCCGGCUCCCAGGGCAAUGUCUUUGCCACGUCUGCGCUCCGGAGCCUGCGGUUCCUGCAGAUUCUGAGGAUGAUCAGGAUGGACCGGAGGGGGGGCACCUGGAAACUGCUAGGCUCGGUGGUCUACGCCCACAGCAAGGAAUUGGUGACCGCCUGGUACAUUGGUUUCCUCUGCCUCAUCCUGGCCUCCUUUUUGGUGUACUUGGCAGAGAAGGGUGAGAAUGACCACUUUGACACCUACGCAGAUGCUCUUUGGUGGGGCCUGAUCACUCUGACGACCAUUGGCUAUGGGGACAAAUACCCUCAGACUUGGAACGGGAGGCUCCUGGCAGCAACAUUCACCCUCAUUGGCGUCUCGUUCUUUGCUCUGCCUGCAGGCAUUUUGGGGUCUGGCUUUGCCCUGAAAGUCCAGGAACAGCAUCGGCAGAAGCACUUUGAGAAGAGGCGGAAUCCAGCAGCUGGUCUGAUCCAGUCCGCCUGGAGGUUCUACGCCACCAACCUCUCACGCACCGACCUGCACUCUACAUGGCAGUACUACGAGCGCACAGUCACUGUCCCCAUGUACAGCUCGCAAACUCAAACCUACGGGGCCUCCAGACUUAUCCCACCUCUCAACCAGCUGGAGCUGCUGAGGAACCUCAAGAGUAAAUCUGGACUCACCUUCAGGAAGGAGCCACAGCCAGAGCCAUCACCAAGUCAGAAGGUCAGUUUGAAAGAUCGUGUCUUCUCCAGCCCCCGAGGCGUGGCUGCCAAGGGGAAGGGGUCUCCCCAGGCCCAAACAGUGCGGAGGUCACCCAGUGCUGACCAGAGCCUCGAGGAUAGCCCAAGCAAGGUGCCCAAAAGCUGGAGCUUCGGGGAUCGCAGCCGGGCCCGCCAGGCCUUCCGCAUCAAGGGUGCUGCAUCGCGGCAGAACUCAGAAGAAGCAAGUCUCCCCGGGGAGGACAUUGUUGAGGACAACAAGAGCUACAACUGCGAGUUUGUGACUGAGGAUCUGACUCCCGGCCUCAAAGUCAGCAUCAGAGCCGUGUGUGUCAUGCGGUUCCUGGUGUCCAAGAGGAAGUUCAAAGAGAGUCUGCGGCCGUACGACGUGAUGGAUGUAAUCGAGCAGUAUUCGGCUGGACACCUGGACAUGCUGUCCCGAAUCAAGAGCCUGCAGUCCAGAGUGGACCAGAUCGUGGGGCGGGGCCCAGCAAUAACAGACAAGGACCGGACCAAGGGCCCAGCAGAGGCGGAGCUGCCUGAGGACCCCAGCAUGAUGGGACGGCUCGGGAAGGUGGAGAAGCAGGUCUUGUCCAUGGAAAAGAAGCUGGACUUCCUGGUGAGCAUCUACACCCAGCGCAUGGGCAUCCCCCCGGCAGAAACAGAGGCCUAUUUUGGGGCCAAGGAGCCAGAGCCGGCACCACCCUACCACAGUCCUGAGGACAGCCGUGAGCACGCAGACAAGCAUGGCUGCAUAAUCAAGAUCGUCCGCUCCACCAGCUCCACCGGCCAGAGGAACUACGCUGCACCCCCGGCCAUGCCCCCUACCCAGUGUCCCCCAUCCACCUCAUGGCAGCAGCAGAGCCAUCAGCGCCACGGCACCUCCCCUGUGGGGGAGCACAGCUCGCUGGUGCGCAUCCCACCUCCCCCGACACAUGAGCGGUCGCUGUCUGCCUACAGCGGGGGCAAUCGGGCCAGCACCGAGUUCCUGAGGCUGGAGGAUGCCCAGGCCUGCAGGCCUCACGAGGGCGCUUUGCGGGACAGUGACACGUCCAUUUCCAUCCCGUCCGUGGACCAUGAGGAGCUGGAGCGCUCCUUCAGUGGUUUCAGCAUCUCCCACUCCAAGGAGAGCCUGGAUGCCCUCAGCAGCUGCUACGCAGCUGUGGCGCCAUGUGCCAAAGUCAGGCCCUACAUUGCGGAGGGCGAGUCUGACACAGACUCGGACCUCUGCACGCCCUGCGGGCCCCCACCGCGCUCUGCCACGGGCGAGGGCCCCUUUGGAGAUGUGGGGUGGGCUGGGCCCAGGAAGUGAGGCCACACUGGGCCACUGGACUCCUACGCCAUGUCCCAGUCCACCUCCUAGUUGGAGGCUGGAAGUCCUCUGGGACCUUUUUGUAGAGUGACACGGGCAGUGGGGACACCCGGGGGUUCCAGCUCUCAGGACCCAUGUGGGGUGGUGGACAGGCAGGGUUCCUUGGCCCGUGUGGUGACAUUUUACAGAAGUUCCUUUCCAACCAGUGGCUGGAGGCUGGGGCUGGACUCUGGUCAUCCCAGGAAGGCCCUGUGGUAGCAAGGCCAGCCCUGUCCAGUCUGCUCGGGGACAGACCACCACCCUGCGUGUGUGGGGGGUGGAGUGAUGAUGGGCAUGGCCAGUGGAAGCAUGGGCUGGGAGCAUGCCCUGGGGAGGUGGAGGUGAGGGCCAGUCUAGCCCCUGCAGAUGGCCAGCCUUGGGGCUUGGCAGGGUUUCCCAAGAGGGUAUGGCAGGCCUUGGAUGUGACCACCCUCACCCCUGGCCGUGUGUCCCUUGGUUUCUGAC